AUGAAUGUUGUUGAGUAUGCUGUUAAAUUCGAAAAGCUGGUGAAUUUUUGUCCACACUAUAAUGGUGCAGAUUAUGAGGGGUCGAAGUGCAUCAAGUUUGAAAGUGGAUUGCGUUUUGAGAUUAAUCAAGGUAUUAGUUAUCAAGAGAUUCGUCGAUUUCCUAUGUUGGUUAAUAAGUGUAGGAUAUAUGACGAGGAUAUCGGGGAUCAUUUGGCUCACUAUAAGAGUCUUAGUGAGAAGAAAGGGAAAAAUCAAUAUCGUGGGAACUCGUAUAGUGCUCCAGCUGACAAAGGGAAUCAGAGGGUUUCAGAUGAGAAAAGGCCAAGUGGGGGAGAUACUCUUGCUUCUAUCAAGUGUUUUAAGUGUGGCGAGUUAGGCCGCCGUACUAGUGAAUGUAAGAAUAAAGUUCUAAGGUGCUUCAAAUAUGGAAAGAUAGGUCACCGUAUUGCAGAUUGUAAGAGUGAUGGGCUGACUUGUUAUAAAUAUGGAGAACAAGGUCACAUUAGUACUAAUUGUCAUAAAAUGAAGAAGGUUUAG